ACUUUACGACCCUCCCUCGUUUGGAAGAAACUGCUCUCGUUAUUUUUUCUCUCUCUCACUUGUGAAUGUUUAUCCGGCUUGAAGAUUUUUCUAAGUGUAUGGGCUCUAAAGCAAACGCCGUUUUUCUUCACAGUUUCGUCCUCGGAAGUCGCUUUUUAGGUGAAAUAUUUCAGCUGCAGAGAGUCUGCGUGUUCCUGGAUGCCAAGGACCAUGCCGACCCUGCAGAGCUCUGCCGUCCUGCUGCUUUUUAGCAUCCUGAUUGGACUGAGCUGCUCUCUGGACCCAAGAGACCCCAAUGUGUGCAGCACGUGGGAGAGCUUCACCACCUCGGUAAAGGAGUCCUACUUGCAUCCUUAUGACCAAGUGGGAGAGGAGCCCUGCUGGGAUCCACGGACUUCCUACAAAUGCAUGCGCCACAGGAUCACCUACAAAACAGCCUACAGGCAGGCGGUGAAGACUGAUUACCGCAAGAGAUACCAGUGCUGUCCAGGCUACUACGAGAGUCGAGGCAGAUGUGUCCCUCGCUGCACUAAGGAGUGCGUCCAUGGCCGGUGUGUCGCUCCAGAUCGCUGCCAGUGCGAGGGAGGCUGGCGAGGAGACGACUGCUCCAGCGACUGUGACGAUAAACACUGGGGAGCGAACUGCAAGCAGCAGUGCAAGUGUGAGAACGGAGCUCUCUGCGACCCUGUGAAGGGAUCAUGUCGCUGUCCUCCAGGGUUUAAUGGACGCUACUGCGAAGAGUCGUGUCCAGCAGGCACGUUUGGGAAGCGCUGCCUGCAGAGGUGCAAGUGUGCAACCGGAGGAUCCUGCGAUAAAGCAACGGGAGAGUGCGUUUGUCGGGAUGGAUUCACAGGGACUUACUGUGAGACCUCGUGUAGGAGGAAAUGCCAGGCGCGAUGCCCGUGCCAGAAUGGUGGCAUCUGUAAAGGCAAAGGGAUCUGCGCUUGCCCACCUGGAUGGACGGGUCCAGUCUGUACCGAGCGAUGUCCAGAAGGAAGGUUUGGGCCAAACUGUACUGAGGAGUGUGUUUGCCACAACAACGGAAAAUGUGACGCUGAAACUGGACAGUGUCAGUGUGCUAAAGGUUUCACUGGUCACAGGUGUAAGGAGGAGUGUGCUGCAGGUAGUUACGGACAGGACUGUAAAGGCGUGUGCGACUGUGCUAACGGCGCGCGCUGCUACAACAUCGAUGGAGCCUGUCUGUGCGAGCCGGGCUUCAGCGGUCCGCACUGCAGGGACAGGAUGUGCCCAGACGGCAUAUAUGGCAUGCACUGUGAGCGCACGUGUCUCUGCCAGGACAAACACACACUCAGCUGCCAUCCAAUGAAAGGAGAGUGCACAUGCCAACCGGGCUGGGCGGGACUAUACUGCAAUGAGACCUGCGCUCAUGGUUUCUAUGGUCAUGGCUGCCUGGAGCCGUGUCUUUGUGUGAAUGGAGGGGUGUGUGAUGGCGCCACAGGACGAUGCCAUUGCGCCCCGGGCUUCACGGGGCUUCACUGUGAAAAUCCCUGUAAAAGUGGCACCUAUGGCAAGAACUGCUCCCUGGAGUGCUCCUGUAAGAACUAUGUGGACUGCUCACCGAUUGAUGGAACUUGUUUCUGCAAAGAAGGCUGGCGAGGACCGGACUGCUCCAUCCCCUGCUCCGAAGGAACCUGGGGUCCAGGAUGCAAUGCCACGUGUCACUGUGCCAACGGAGCAAAAUGCAACCCUGCAGAUGGAUCCUGCACCUGCACGGCUGGCUGGCAGGGGGCACGCUGUGACCAACCGUGCCCGGGCUACUUUGGAAAACAGUGCUCUGAAGUGUGUCUUCCCUGUGCCAACAACUCCACGUGCAACCACCGGAACGGUCACUGUGAAUGUUUACCGGGCUGGACCGCUAUCGACUGCUCCAAACCGUGUGAUCCGGGACGUUUCGGCCAGCUCUGUGCUCAGACCUGUUCCUGUCCAGCCAACCUCCUCUGUGACAGAUUUACUGGAGACUGUGUGUGUGAAAACAGAGGCGACGACUGCAAGCAAGACUCCUUUCAGCAGACGGGGAGCGUCAUGAGUCGUCUUAAUCCUGGAGAGAGGGAGUCGUGGGGGGCCAUCGCCGGCAUCGUUGUGCUUGUCAUUUUGGUGGUCCUGCUGCUGGCUCUGCUGCUGCUCUACCGCCGCAGGCAGAAGGAAAAGCAGAACAACACUCCGACUGUCUCCUUCUCCACCAGCCGCACCGUCAACUCUGAAUAUGCCGUUCCAGAUGUUCCUCACAGUUACCACCACUACUACUCCAACCCCAGCUACCACACACUGAGCCAGAACAGGCCUCCGCUGCCACACCUCCCCAACAACCACGAGCGCACCAUCAAGAACACCAACAACCAGCUGUUCUGCAGCGUGAAGAACGCAGAGAGGGAGAGGCGAGGUCUGUUUGGAGUCGAGACCAACGCCACGCUGCCUGCAGACUGGAAACACCACGAGCCUCGCAAAGACUCAGGAGCUUUUGGCAUCGAUCGGAGCUACAGCUACAGCGCCAGCCUCGGAAAAUAUUACAACAAAGAGCUGAAGGAUUCGGCGGCCGUGAGCAGCAGCUCUCUGAACAGCGAGAAUCCGUACGCCACCAUCAAAGACCUGCCCGGGCUGCCCCUGCCCUUCUGCCCCCCGGAGAGCAGCUACAUGGAGAUGAAGUCGGCCGUGCCCAGGGAGCGCGCGUACACCGAGAUCACGCCCCCGCCGCCGUUCCACACGGCCACCUUACGCAGAGAGUGUCAGAGCUCCCACGGCCACACUGCUCAUGAGGACCCACAGAGCCACUACGACCUCCCGGUGAACAGCCACAUCCCGGGACACUACGACCUGCCACCGGUGCGCCGCCCCCCCUCGCCUAGGAGAAGCCCUCAGUGACAGCGUCAGAGCAGCAGAGCAAAUCGUUCCCUUCUGCUCGCUCCGGGGUUGAUGAAGAAACGGCUAAUUUUAUCUCUGAAAAUCAGAGCUGCAGACCACCAACAGAACAGGGGCGAGGAGUCCGUCCUGCCAGACGAACCUUUGUUUACAGUGGAUGCUUUGCUUUCAACUAAACACCGCCCCCUUGUGUGCGCAGAGCGGUACUGGCGUCUCCGUCACAGACCUGUCAUCCAGACUGAGGAGCCAGCAGGCUGUGUGGUGACGCCUGCGGGGCUUCAGCUGCUUUUAACUCCCGAGGGCAAAACCCACCAGAGGAUUUGAUGGCUACAAGCAGCGACUUGGGAAUGUUUGUGUGUUUGAACUCUUGUAAACAUGCUGAAAUAUUUGUUUUCCACACCCUUUGCGUGCUGCUGAUGCAUUUUUAACGGGUCUCUUUUAUCAGAGCUCGAUUUUUCCUUCGUCUCGUCUCCUUUUCAGGGUUUUUAUUUCGAGUUGAAUUUCAGUGCAUUACUUUUUUUUUUUUUUUUAAAGGC